GACGACCGUUAUGGAAUGCGUCGCUCGUGCGGCCGGGUUCGGCCAAUCGGCGAGCGGCGCGGCCUUUCAAACCCUUCGCUCUGGACCAAUGAGCGGUCUUGGCGCUUUAGCGGUUCUUGCGAGCUGUGGCGGCGGAAAACAAGAACUUUCGUAUUUCAAAAAGAAACCGCCUUUUUAGAGUGCACGAGAAGAGUUUAUUUUGAAGACUUAAACGUUUCAACUAAGAGAAUGCCAGCCAAAACUUUCUCAGAUGGUGAAAUGGUCAUGGGUCGUUGGCCAGGUAGUCAUCUGUACUAUGAGGUACAGGUGACUGGUUACAACAAGAGCACCCAGCUGUAUGCAGUCAAGUAUAAGGAUGGAACUGAGCUGGACCUGAAAGAAAGUGAUGUCAAGCCCUUAAAUUAUUUUAGAUCGAGGAAAAGCCAUUCAAGAUCAUCUUCUCGACAACGUAGUCGAUCGCGAUCACGUUCUCCUGCUAGAACACAAGCCCCCAAGCGUUCAACCUCUCGAGGCAGGGAGUCUAAGAAACUUGUGCAGAAGGAAGAAGUGCAAAAGGAAGAUGUACCUGCAGUGAAACUUGUCCAUCAGCUUCAGGAGAAUAGCGCAAGCAGCAAAACUACCUCUGUGACAGACUACAAAGAGGAGAAGGAGGAGAACAAUACCAAGAAUACCUACAGAAUUAUUGAGCACAAGGUAUGCAAAGAACUUGUAACAGACCAGCUGGGUCUCCCUUACAAUCUCCGAGCCAAGAAGCAAGAAGAAAAAGUUGUCGAACUGGAAACAAAAGACGACCGUCUAUACGUUAAAAAGCAAGCAGUGCGGACCCAAGAACGGGAGUUUGGAGGUCAAGUUGGUGUCGUCUUCUUCAUGCUCUUAUUGCCCUUCACGCUCAUUCUGUUGCUUUUGAUGUGUACAGAAGAUGAUGCCAGUAUUUUGAAUUUUCCACCCCCUGUGCCAGCCCUGCAGACAUUGUGGAGCAGUAUUGCACUGGGCAUCUAUGUCCUGUGGUUUUUAUUUCAGGCUCUGCUGUCCUUACUGCCCGUUGGAAAGAUUAUUGAAGGAGUACCGCUAGCAAAUGGAAAAAAGCUUGAAUACAGGAUUAAUGCAUUCUAUGCAUUUGUGCUGUGUGCUGCUGCAUUAGGUGUUGCCCUGUACAAUGAGGUGAACCUGAGUUACAUUUACAGCAACCUGUUGCAGCUUGCAAUCUCUGCAAUGGUGUUUUCAGUUGUCCUGAGUAUUUACCUGUAUGUGCGCUCCUGGCGUGUUCCUGCAGAUGAGAUAGCAGAAGGAGGAAAUUCUGGUAGUUUUAUUUAUGACUUCUUUAUUGGGCGUGAACUGAAUCCUCGUAUCAGAAACUUUGAUCUGAAGUUCUUCUGUGAAUUACGUCCAGGUUUGAUGGGCUGGGCUGUCAUUAACUUGGGAUUGCUGUUUGCUGAGAUGGAAGUGCAGGGCCGUGAGGCGCCCUCAUUGGCGAUGAUACUGGUUAACAGUUUCCAACUUCUGUAUGUGAUGGAUGCACUCUGGAAUGAGGCAGCAAUUCUGACCACCAUGGAUAUUGUGCAUGAUGGAUUUGGAUAUAUGCUGACAUUUGGAGAUCUGGUCUGGGUACCAUUUGUAUACAGUCUACAGGCUUUCUACCUGGUUAAUCAUCCGAAUGAACUCAGCUGGCCUGCAGCUCUUGUGAUCAUUGCACUCAAUACUGUUGGUUAUAUCAUAUUCCGAGGAGCGAAUUCACAAAAGAAUGCUUUCAGAAGGAAUCCUCAUGAUCCCAAACUGGCAAAUUUAAAAACUAUUCCUACAGCAACAGGGAAGAGACUGAUUGUUUCUGGAUGGUGGGGAUUUGUCCGUCACCCAAACUACCUCGGUGAUCUGAUCAUGGCUUUGGCUUGGUCUCUGCCCUGUGGGUUCAAUAACAUCAUUCCGUAUUUCUACAUAAUUUACUUAACUUGCCUCCUUAUUCACCGUGAAGCCAGGGAUGAGCGUCAGUGCAGGAAGAAGUACGGUGUGGCUUGGAAUAAGUAUUGCCAGCAGGUCCGCUACCGAAUCUUCCCAUACAUCUACUGAGCAAGUCUGUUACACCCAUUAGAUUACAUGCCUCUGCACAUUAUUGUGACUUGUGUUUUGAAGAAAAUGCUAAUGUAUUCAUCCAAUUUUAAUCAUGAGGCUGGCUGUUUUUAAAAGUAUUUAUACUUUUUUUUUGUUAUAACCCUGACCCUGUCCCUGCCUCUUUUUAUAAAAGAAAAACUUCAUUCAUAGCUAGCCACGUAUUUACAGCAGAACAAAGUACGUAACCUUUCUAUCGACGCAAUGCUCCGGCAGAUUCUUUUAACAUUUGAAAUAUAUUCCUUGUAGUACAUUUUUGUUUCUUUGAUGGAAGGAACAGGAUAGCUUGAGAGACAAAUGUUUUGUGCUGGUAUUGUUAAGUAACUCUGGUAAAGACUAAACUAUAAACAUGGUUAAUUAUUUAAAGAUUUGAUGUGAUAUUCACUUCACAAAAGGGUUCACUUCUCUCAGGUAUUUAUGAAAUAUGUGCUGAUUAUAUUGAGACCUGUUUAAGGAUGGUUAUAAAAUCAUUGGUGUUCCUCAUAGCAGUUUACAACAUCUCCUGUUUAAACAUUAGCUGUCUUAAAGAAAAUUAAGACUUUCUAUUGUUCACUUGUUGAUUCUUCUGUGUAUUAAUCAAGACAGGUCCUGCGUGAUGCAUGUUAUAGUUUUGAAUCUUUAUUCAAAUUGUCAUGAUUGCAAAACAUUGCAAAUUUCCCCCUCACCCAUUUAAGAAAAAGUAAUUAAACUACCGGAAUUAAUGGCCACUUCCCAUCUCUUUUUGGAUACUUUGGCCAGUUGCUUUAGUUUGUAAUUUUAUUUUGAAGCUUUGUAAUUCAUUCACCUUUUUAGAAAGUCAGGAUAGGGAACUGAAGAACUGUUACCUAACUGGCUAUAACUAAAUGUGAAUAUUGUAAUCACCAUUUUGGUUAUUCCUUUCUUCCCUAUCCAUUUUCCUUCUUUCUCUAUCUGCCCACUCAACUAUCCUGAAUCAUGAUAUUCAGAUUAUUUGAUAGUGCAUAGUCCAAGUUCAGCCCAAAUGGAUUCUUGCCAGAUCUUUGCAAUGCUCCGCCUUCGAUUCUCUGUUUCCCUUCAUAUCUCUUUUCCCCAGAAGUAAUAUUUAAAAGAGAUCCCCAUCUGGGAGUAUAGAAUAAUUGAGAACCUGGAACCUUUACAGCUCUGUAGGAUAAUUAUCAUUUUAAGGAAGUACUUCUAGAUUGUAAACCUUAAAGUACGUUAAAAUUCCAUUGUGUAUUACAAGAUUUUCUUCUUUUGUUGAAUUUUUCUGAUUAUAGUGACCUAUGCAGUUUUUAUACUGAGAGACAUCUUUAGAACAGGGAUCCAAAGUAAUUUAGCCACUCUAGAUUUCUUCAAAUGCCUUGCUGUUUCUGGUUGAGUCACAGUGCUACUUUUUAUGUGAAGAAUAUACACAGGAAGGCUCAUGAUUUAUCCUCCACAAAACUUCGUGAAGUCUGUUUAAAUGAAGACAAAUAGUGUUCAUGGAUAUUGUAAAUACUUCAAUGGCACUGAAAGGUUUACUGAAAUGAGCCAGAGAAUUGAUAACUAGAGCAUUCACUUUUUUCCAGUGCUGGCAGCCUGAGGGUGGGUUAAAUCUUCAACCACAUCAAAAACAUUUAGUGCAGGAAAGUAUAAAGGCAAAAUACUGUAGAUGCUGGAAAUCUGAAACAAAUACCAAGAAAGCCAGAGAAAUGCAACAGGCCUGGCAUCUGUGGACUGAAAAACAAGUUGAUGUUUUGAGACCAAAUCAACUCAGGAAGAGUACUCAAUAUUUGCUCUUUUUCUCCCCAGAUGCUACCAGCUGGGUUUCUUCAGCAUUUCUAUUUAUUCAGUGCAGGAAAGUGUUUAUUUGCCCAGACACAAGUGACGACAAGUUUUGAUCCUGCGGCUUUAGAAAAUUCAGGUGCACCACAUUUUCUACCAAUCUGAGCUGUCAUUUCCAAUACUCUGGCUUUGGUUCCUUGAAUCCUGUUUUUAUCUUUGAUUUGGAUUCCUUUAGGAUAUAAAGGUUGCACAACACCAGGUUAUAGUCCAACAGGUUUAUUUGGAAGUACUAACUUUCAGAGUGCUGCUCCUUCAUCAGGUAACUAGUAAGGCAGGAUCAUA